AUAUUGGUGUCAAACAAGAUGGUGGGCUUAGGCUGACAACUUGUGUAGAAAUAUAUUUCGAGCAGAAUUCUGCCUUAUUGCCCCUCACAGUACUUAGCCAUCAUGGCAACCAUCACUCAAACCUUGCAGCGGGUAUUGCCAAUUCCAUCAAGAACACAUGAUUAUCUUUAUGGUAACUAUGAGGCCUAGCAGUACUCACACAAACUUAGUUAACACUGAAGAACACUGAAUAACAGUAACAGUUAACUUUGACUACUUUGACAGAAGUUUUAAUUAUUGUCCGAUUGCCAUAAAUAAUAAACCAUUUUAAAGGACUAGCUAUAAGCUUUGCAAAAAUACCAAUUUCGCCUUUCUUUAUUUUAUAGAAAUUAAGUUAUGUUUUUUUUUGGGUGAAUCUUUUGAACACCCUUCUUAAUAUUAAUAUAUAAAUUUGUAUUUUACUGCAAAAACUAGUGGCUGACUUUCCAAAAUUUCUGACUUAUUUGCCCAAAACUUUUUUAUUUUACAAGAUAAUGCUAUCAGAUUUUCAGGAGACAUUUUCAAUGCAAUAUACAACUACAACACAAUAAAUAACACAACUUUUAUAUAAUAAUAUCAAGACUUGUAUUGCUGAUAAUUUUUUUUUUUAGUGUUUGUUAAGAAAAAUGUUAACAGAAUAAAUGGAAAAAUUAAAAUUUAUAAAGGAAAAAACAAAAUAUUAGCAUGUUUAUUGUAUUUUUUUUUAAAGUAUAUGCUUCAUUUAAAUUUUAAAUCAAUUCUUAUAUUUAUAAAAGGUAUAGUAGUAGUCUUUUUAAAAAUAAAGUUAAAUGCUUGAAAUUAUAAUUAUAAGUAAAAACUUCAAAAAAUAACCCAUAAGACUAAUACAAGCAUAUCAGGUUUGGUAUGUGAUUAAAUUUUAAAAGGUAAUGGGAAUAUUCUGCCUGUCAUGUUCUACUUAAACUGCUCUACAGACUUCUUGGUCUUGUUGUUGAAUCCCACAAUCUCUCCUUCAUAUAAACUUUGUAUUUGCCACCUACAUCCAAACAUGCCCCAUAGUCGACAGAUGGAAGAAAUUCCACCGAGUUCUUCAAUCUGUCAAUAGAUAAUUAAAAUUUUCUCUUAUGUCUGAAAUAACCCUAGAAAUAACAUCUAAUCAUAUUAAAUCAUAAUCCUAAAUUUACAAAUUUUUUAAUUAAUAUUAUUCAAUUUUUGUCAUUAUUUAUAGAAAAUUAUUUAAGAAAGUUUUUUUUAAAACUUUUUUAUUUUAUUAUUUAGAUUUGUUAUUAUUAGAAAUUAUCAGUAUAUUAUAAAAUUAGGCCUAAUUAAAAUUAAAUACCUUAUUAAAUUUAAAAAUAAUAAUUUAAAUUAGGCCUGUAAGUGUAGGUGUAGUAUUAGAAUAAUAUUAGUAGUAUAUUAGUAUUCGUUUAUUAAAAUUAAACUUAAGGGCUCAGUUAUAGAUUAAUAACAGUAUUUAAAACUUAGACUUGGACUUAGUAGCUAAGCUUAGGACUAUAAAUUAUAGUUGUAGGUCUAGAAAUAGUUGGUGUUGGCAUAUUUAAAUUAAAUUGUAUGUAUAUUUUUUAUUUCUGUAUUCAAAAAUUACAAUUUACUUAGACUUAUUCAGACAUUUAAAGAUUAUGGAAUAUCAAAACUCUUAUAUUGAUUGUUAUCAAGAGCAAAUUUUGUUUCCGGUAAAUAUACAAAAAAUUGAGAAAUUUAUUUUUUCCGUCCGGUGAUGGGAGGGUGAUGACAAUUUGAAAGGGCUAGUAUUAUUCUGGAAAAUGGAAUAUGGACUAUUUCAAAGUUAUUCCUCAUCCAAUAAAGAUGCUAAAGAGGAUUCUUUAGGUUCCAAUGUUGUGCAUUUGAUACAAAUAAGCAUUUAAGUAUUUUCAGCUUAGGGGGCGUCCAUUAAUAACGUCUACAAAAUGGGAGAGGGGGUUUGGAAAUGUUUGACAGUUGUUGACAAGGGGGGGGGUUAAAUUAGUUGACGUCAAUAAUCAUGUUUUCUAUAUUAAAAUUUUAAUCUUAAAAUUGACUGAUAAUUACAUUAUUUUAAAAAAAAAUUGUAAGUGUUAUUGAGUGUAAAUAGACAUAUAAUUUUUAGGCUUUUAAUAAUAUAAGAAUUAUUUAAUGUGUGUCUGUCUGUGCACUGCAGAUGGCUGGUCAGAAUGUUAGUGCAAGAGAAGUCAAAAGUUAAAUGAUAUUAAUAGAGUAGGAAAACAAUAUUUUGAGAAUUAGGGAAAUGUAAAGUGAGUAACAAUAAUAAAAUCGCUGCUUAAACAGAUUUGCAAAAUCUCUAACAUCUAUUUUGCAUCACAAAUCAUGUUGAAAAAGAACAACAAGGAGCAAGGAGAUAGAGAGAAUUUAUGGCAAUUAUUGCUUAUAAUGGUUCUAUUCCAAGUGCUGAAUGGUUAUAUGAGGAUGAUGUUGACUUAUAUCUAGCCUAUUUUGAAAAUUUCUGGCCUUGUAAUACUACUGGCAUCUGUCCGUUACAAUGUGACGAUGGGGUGGGCUUCGGAGGACGAAAUCCACAUGGCCUGGGAUUAUACUUCAACAGCAAAUCGCCUCUCUAUCUAUCUGGGUAACCCAAGGGAACAUCAUUGGAUGAUACAGCUUGGCUACCAGUGACGUCUGAGGAGUAGUCAGAAUGUUUCAUUGUAUCAAUGUAUGUUUCGGGACUCCAUCUCCGGGUUUGAUUUCAGGGUUUCCUUCCCUUCUCUUAGAUGAGUUGCCAUCCAGGGUUAACGGGUCCCAUCUUCCCGGGGUGCUGGUGAUGUUUUUUCUUGACUGGGCUCUUGCUGGAAUUGAACUCCAGACCACUAACUUGAGAUUUGCUCAAUUUAGACCACUCGACCACCCAGCACCCUAAUACUACUAUAAAUUUUGAAAGUUUAGGCCUAUAAAGUUAAGUUCACACUCCAGAUUUGUUACAGCCAGUUCAAGUUCAGUUGUGAAUCCAUGUUUAGAAUCCACUGAUAUUUGUAGAUGUUUAAAAUCUCCAGCAGACAAAGAUAUCCUACUUAAAUGUUCACACUGAGCUGUCACAACUAUGCAAAACUCUUGCAUAUAUUUAUCAAUUUUAAAAUUAUGUGCUACCAUUGAGGUCAGCAACCUGAGGCUGCAUGUUUCUCUUUCAAUGAAUAAAUUCUUUCAUAUAUCAUUUCAACAAUAACCACACAUACAAGAGAAAAUUAAGACCUAAAAUUUAAAAAAAAAAAUAAAAAAAAAAUAAAAAAAGCAACUUGAAUGAACUCCAUUUGUUUAAAAACAAGACCUUGUCUCUCUAAAAUCUUUUCUUGUCAUGUCCACUGAAAUGAAAAUCAAACUGGAUAUUAAUUUCACAAAUUGAAACCUUUGAAUUACAAAAUAUGGCUAUUAUAGAAUACAACUAAUAAUUAAAAAUUGUAAAUAAGUCAACUGAUAUUAAAUUCAUUGUGACCACUCCAUUUUCUACCAUUUGCUAUGUUACUAACUUGUCAGCUGAUGAAACAUAUGAUGGGAUUGUUUUUGUAAAAUGCCGGCAAACAAUAUACUUGAACACACACCAAACACAUGAUAAUGAAACUUGUUGGCCCCAUUUAUGUUACAACAUGGAGCAUAUAGGCCUACUCUCAGGAAUAUUGUGAAUUGUAUUGAAAGAGCAUUCUGGUAGUAAAAAUAGACAAGUAAGUCUAGUAAUAGAGAUGUCUGACUUUCACUACCCAUAGUUGUCGAAAGGGUAAUUAUUUAAAUUUUUUAUUUCUCUUAUCGAGGCACACAUUGUCAUUAGGGUUAUUCUAAAAUAAAUAAGAGCGCUAAACAUUUUUUCUUGAAAUACUUUUCAACAAUGUCUAUGCCAUUUAAGAGUUAGACCUAUCAAUGCAUUCAUCAAUGUUCUUAUAUAUUAUUGUUUGGAAAUCUUUAAUAAAAUAAAACUUGUAUAAAAAUAUCUAAAUACAAGUUUAUUGUUUUCAGGAGGCAAGGGAAGACUAAAAAAAUACAUCACCAGGCUUAUUAUAUGUUAUUCAAGGACAAAAUAUUGAUAUUGCAGUAAAAAGUUCAAUAUUGUAUCUCUAUCCAAUGUGAUUUGCAAUAUGAUUAGUGUUAAAAUUUGAUAAUUAAUUAGAUUUUACAAAGGUGUGAUCGCUAAUGAGUUUUAUGGCUCCCCAAAAUACAGUUGAUUUUUUACUAAAUACAUGUUGCAGUAAUAGAAGUGAUUGAGAAGGUGUGAAACAAAAAGCAGAGAAUUUACAACAGAUGAAAUUCAAUGGGUCAUAAGGACUGGUAGAAAUGACAAUUUUUCAAGACGAAGAGUUGCAUUUUCAGUUUACUUGGGCAAUGCCAAAUAAGUAUUUGGAUUUGCAUUUUCACAUAGCUUAAAGGUUGAUUUUAUGGCUUUAAACACUUUUAUAGUGCUAAAAUUCUCCAAAAUAAACCAAUUAUAAAUAAUUUAUCAAAAAUAAAAUGAAAGAUAAAAAAAAAUAAAUCGCAGGGAAAAGUUGAACGGCUAGGAAAAAAUACUAAAAGACCUGGAAAGAAUAAAAGAAGCUUAAUAUAGGCCAAUGAAAAGUUUUAAUCCCAGUCUGAAGAUAAAUAACUUAUUUUGCACAGAUUUUACUUUUGUUUUGUCGUUUUUCUUAGUUAUUUCAGUUUUCUCGUUUUCAAUAUUUUUGGUCACCUAUAUCAUUAUAUAUCUGUUAAUUUAUUAUCCAAACAUCACCAAAUUUUCACAGUAUGUUCCAGUACAUUGACCAAUAAUAAGCAUUCUAAUAACUUAGAAUUAAGAUAAUUUUCUUAGAUAAGAAAAUAGGUAAAAAAGAAUUCACCCACUCCCCUUUUUUUUUGUGCAAAAUUUUGUGACCCUGUAGAUUUAUAACAAGUUCGUAUUUUAAAAAUUCCUGAUAUUCAAAGUUUUAUUAUAUGUUAAAUAAUGUAUUUGUUAAAUCGUAUGGCAGUAACUACAGAUUUGUAUAAUUCUAACUGUUUGGAACAAAAACAACUUAAAGAAUACAAAUCGUGGAGGUUUUAUGGGUGCAAUGGCAACCAAUGGAACUUAAAAGAUUUAUUUUGUUACCUCCUUUUCAAUACCAAAGAAAAUGUAAGUGAAAAAUUUCCCAUUGGAAGCCAAACAAAAACGUUAGAUUUUUCACCCCGCCUCCCUUUAAGGCUACAAAUAAUAUUAUCUAAAACUUAAAUCUUUAUUAAUAUUUCAGAUCAAAAUUAUAUCUUAUCUUCUGCCCAAGAUCAUGGAAAAGCUACAUUUCAAGCCCAUACCAAUACAAGUCGCAUUGUAAGUUCAAAAUUGAUAUAGCAACCAAAUGGAACUAAAAAGCCAUUUGGGUUUUUGCAUAAGAAAUUUAAAUCUCCUUAGCAGUACCCUAGAGCCCAUUUUGUUCCCAACUCAUACAAAAAGAAGUAUCAUCUUUUUACAAUAAAAAAAUUCCUUAACGAAUUUAGUAUUUUAGUAAUAUGAGACUUGGAAAAGAAAAAGGAAGACUUAUUUUUGCAAAACACUUGUCCAAAACUGUCUGUUUGGAAUGCUAAUACAUUGUUAUACAGCAGAUCAGUGGUUUUCAAUGAGGGUGCCCCAGCACCCAAGGGUACACCAAGGAAUCCUAGGCAUGCCCAAAAAUAUCCCUUGCCCCCCAAAAAAAAUAUUUUUUUAAAAAUAAAUUGAUCGUUUGCUGUAUUUCUUUUUUAAUUUCUCUAGAAAUUUCAGUUAGAAAUAUCUUUGAUUAAACAAUUUUCCUUCGAAAAAAUUUCUGUAAUACAAAUAUCUGUAUGCCUUUGAAAGCAUACUGGAGAAAAAUGAGUGGGAAAUUAUCUGAUGUUGAGGCAAAAUGUAACGUUCAUGACAUCAUGACUGACAAGAUGAGUGUUUGCAGUCUUGGUUCUAUACAAUUAUCUGCAGGAGCCUGAAAAGUCCAGUCUGGCCCAGAACAAUCUGAGUUCAUCAAAUCUAUGAAAGUGCUGUUGAGGGGCAUCUGAUGUUCUUGAAAUACAUAUUGAAAUUCAAAUAAGUACACAACAGAUUCCCCUUACUAAAAAUUUUAUAGAUCUGAUGAAGACAGUUUACUUGGUGACACAGAUUUUUUGUGUGCAGACACUUGUUCUUCCCCUAGAUUGCAGGUCUCUUCAUGUAAUUCCAUGGGGACAUACAGAACAGAAUUCUUUAACAUUAGAGAACUUAUAAAUCAGCAGCAAUAUGAAGAAAGACUGUGCUCUCACAGUCACACACUCUGCAACUUUUAAUGCCCCUCAAGCAUGCUUUUAAAAGACUGCAACAAGAUGGCCAACAUACACACUAGGUUUUAUGUCAAGCUGUUCAACACUAUCCUUCUCUAUGAAAAGACUUUGUCAGAAAAUGUCUCAUCAGUGAAUCAUCACAAAGUGCUUCGUCAUUGAACUGCUAUUCAUGGAAAAUAAAAUACAUUAUUUUGUAGAUUGCCUCUUUCAUUCCUGCAAGGAAGCUGGACUGACCAUCACCAUUAAAAAGAAUAGUGUUGUUUUAAGAAGACCAGGUUGAACAAGAGAGUCUGGAAAAACUAUAAGCUCAAAAAGUGGAAUAAACUUGACAUCUACACAGCAUGUAUGCUCAAUCUUGUAAGAUCUUGGGGUUAACCAACAUAAAAACCCUGAACAAAGGGCUUACCACAUUACACAGUGUCAAACACUGAGGUCCAUGCAUUUGCCAACAUAUGCUGCAAGCUUUUCACUCAAAUUGAGGGUGUGGUGAGAGGUCUUCUACUUUGGGCAUUGCUGUAAAACAGGAAUGAAAAACCAGAAGAAAUGGAAUCAUGCAGCAUACUUUACCAUUCAUCUGCAUAGAGUGCAGCAAGGACUGCCACUCUAAGAUCAGACUUUUGAGCUAGACUCAGUACAGACAGGAAGCUCUGAAAUGGUCUUAUGAAACUAGACUACAAAUUUCAGACAUCAAAUACCAUGCCUCAUGAAACUGGACUACAAAUUUCAGACAUCAAAUACCAUGCCUCAUGAAACUGGACUACACAUUUCAGACAUCAAAUACCAUGCCUCAUGAAACUGGACUACAAAUUUCAGACAUCAAAUACCAUGCCUCAUGAAACUGGACUACACAUUUCAGACAUCAAAUACCAUGCCUCAUGAAACUGGACUACAAAUUUCAGACAUCAAAUACCAUGCCUCAUGAAACUGGACUACACAUUUCAGACAUCAAAUACCAUGCCUCAUGAAACUGGACUACAAAUUUCAGACAUCAAAUACCAUGCCUCAUGAAACUGGACUACACAUUUCAGACAUCAAAUACCAUGCCUCAUGAAACUGGACUACAAAUUUCAGACAUCAAAUACCAUGCCUCAUGAAACUGGACUACACAUUUCAGACAUCAAAUACCAUGCCUCAUGAAACUGGACUACAAAUUUCAGACAUCAAAUACCAUGCCUCAUGAAACUGGACUACACAUUUCAGACAUCAAAUACCAUGCCUCAUGAAACUGGACUACAAAUUUCAGACAUCAAAUACCAUGCCUCAUGAAACUGGACUACACAUUUCAGACAUCAAAUACCAUGCCUCAUGAAACUGGACUACAAAUUUCAGACAUCAAAUACCAUGCCUCAUGAAACUGGACUACACAUUUCAGACAUCAAAUACCAUGCCUCAUGAAACUGGACUACAAAUUUCAGACAUCAAAUACCAUGCCUCAUGAAACUGGACUACACAUUUCAGACAUCAAAUACCAUGCCUCAUGAAACUGGACUACAAAUUUCAGACAUCAAAUACCAUGCCUCAUGAAACUGGACUACACAUUUCAGACAUCAAAUACCAUGCCUCAUGAAACUGGACUACAAAUUUCAGACAUCAAAUACCAUGCCUCAUGAAACUGGACUACACAUUUCAGACAUCAAAUACCAUGCCUCAUGAAACUGGACUACAAAUUUCAGACAUCAAAUACCAUGCCUCAUGAAACUGGACUACACAUUUCAGACAUCAAAUACCAUGCCUCAUGAAACUGGACUACAAAUUUCAGACAUCAAAUACCAUGCCUCAUGAAACUGGACUACACAUUUCAGACAUCAAAUACCAUGCCUCAUGAAACUGGACUACAAAUUUCAGACAUCAAAUACCAUGCCUCAUGAAACUGGACUACACAUUUCAGACAUCAAAUACCAUGCCUCAUGAAACUGGACUACAAAUUUCAGACAUCAAAUACCAUGCCUCAUGAAACUGGACUACACAUUUCAGACAUCAAAUACCAUGCCUCAUGAAACUGGACUACAAAUUUCAGACAUCAAAUACCAUGCCUCAUGAAACUGGACUACACAUUUCAGACAUCAAAUACCAUGCCUCAUGAAACUGGACUACAAAUUUCAGACAUCAAAUACCAUGCCUCAUGAAACUGGACUACACAUUUCAGACAUCAAAUACCAUGCCUCAUGAAACUGGACUACAAAUUUCAGACAUCAAAUACCAUGCCUCAUGAAACUGGACUACACAUUUCAGACAUCAAAUACCAUGCCUCAUGAAACUGGACUACAAAUUUCAGACAUCAAAUACCAUGCCUCAUGAAACUGGACUACACAUUUCAGACAUCAAAUACCAUGCCUCAUGAAACUGGACUACAAAUUUCAGACAUCAAAUACCAUGCCUCAUGAAACUGGACUACACAUUUCAGACAUCAAAUACCAUGCCUCAUGAAACUGGACUACACAUUUCAGACAUCAAAUACCAUGCCUCAUGAAACUGGACUACACAUUUCAGACAUCAAAUACCAUGCCUCAUGAAACUGGACUAAAGAUUUCAGACAUCCAAUACCAUGCCUCAUGAAAUUGGACUACAAAUUUCAGACAUCAAAUAUCAUGCCUCAUGAAACUGGACUACAAAUUUCAGUCAUCAAAUACCAUGCCUCAUGAAACUGGACUACACAUUUCAGACAUCAAAUACCAUGCCUCAUGAAACUGGACUACAAAAUUCAGACAUCAAAUACCAUGCCUCAUGAAACUGGACUACAAAUUUCAGACAUCAAAUACUAUGCCCCAUGAAACUGGACUACACAUUUCAGACAUCAAAUACCAUGCCUCAUGAAAGUGGACUACACAUUUCAGACAUCAAAUACCAUGGUUCAUGAAACUGGACUACAAAUUUCAGACAUCAAAUACCAUGCCUCAUGAAACUGGACUACACAUUUCAGACAUCAAAUACCAUGCCUCAUGAAACUGGACUAGAAAUUUCAGACAUCAAAAACCAUGCCUCAUGAAAGUGGACUACACAUUUCAGACAUCAAAUACCAUGGUUCAUGAAACUGGACUACAAAUUUCAGACAUCAAAUACCAUGCCUCAUGAAACUGGACUAUAAAUUUCAGACAUCAAAUACCAUGCCUCAUGAAACUGAACUAAAAAUAUUUCAGACAUCAAAUACCAUGCCUCAUGAAACUGGACUACACAUUCCAGACAGCAAAUACCAUGCCUCAUGAAACUGGACUACAGAUUUCAGACAUCAAAUACCAUGCCUCAUGAAACUGGACUACAAAUUUCAGACAUCACAUACUAUGCCCCAUGAAACUGGACUACAGAUUUCAGACAUCAAAUACCAUGCCUCAUGAAACUGGACUACAAAUGUCAGACAUCAAAUACCAUGCCUCAUGAAACUGGACUACAAAUUUCACACAUCAAAUGCCAUGCCUCAUGAAACUGGACUACAUAUUUCAGACAUCAUAUACCAUGCCUCAUGAAACUGGACUACAAAUUUCAGAUAGCAAAUACUAUGCCUCAUGAAACUGGACUACACAUUUCAGACAUCAAAUACAAUGCCUCAUUAAACUGGACUACAAAUUUCAGACAUCAAAUACCAUGCCUCAUGAAACUGGACUACACAUUUCAGACAUCAAAUACCAUGCCUCAUGAAACUGGACUACAAAUUUCAGACAGCAAAUACCAUGCCUCAUGAAACUGGACUACAAAUUUCAGACAUCAAAUAUCAUGCCUCAUGAAACUGGACUACACAUUUCAGACAUCAAAUACCAUGCCUCAUGAAACUGGACUACAAAUUUCAGACAUCAAAUACCAUGCCUCAUGAAACUGGACUACAAAUUUCAGACAUCAAAUACCAUGCCUCAUGAAACUGGACUACACAUUUCAGACAUCAAAUACCAUGCCUCAUGAAACUGGACUACAAAUUUCAGACAUCAAAUACCAUGCCUCAUGAAACUGGACUACACAUUUCAGACAUCAAAUACCAUGCCUCAUGAAACUGGACUACAAAUUUCAGACAUCAAAUACCAUGCCUCAUGAAACUGGACUACACAUUUCAGACAUCAAAUACCAUGCCUCAUGAAACUGGACUACAAAUUUCAGACAUCAAAUACCAUGCCUCAUGAAACUGGACUACACAUUUCAGACAUCAAAUACCAUGCCUCAUGAAACUGGACUACAAAUUUCAGACAUCAAAUACCAUGCCUCAUGAAACUGGACUACACAUUUCAGACAUCAAAUACCAUGCCUCAUGAAACUGGACUACAAAUUUCAGACAUCAAAUACCAUGCCUCAUGAAACUGGACUACACAUUUCAGACAUCAAAUACCAUGCCUCAUGAAACUGGACUACAAAUUUCAGACAUCAAAUACCAUGCCUCAUGAAACUGGACUACACAUUUCAGACAUCAAAUACCAUGCCUCAUGAAACUGGACUACAAAUUUCAGACAUCAAAUACCAUGCCUCAUGAAACUGGACUACACAUUUCAGACAUCAAAUACCAUGCCUCAUGAAACUGGACUACAAAUUUCAGACAUCAAAUACCAUGCCUCAUGAAACUGGACUACACAUUUCAGACAUCAAAUACCAUGCCUCAUGAAACUGGACUACAAAUUUCAGACAUCAAAUACCAUGCCUCAUGAAACUGGACUACACAUUUCAGACAUCAAAUACCAUGCCUCAUGAAACUGGACUACAAAUUUCAGACAUCAAAUACCAUGCCUCAUGAAACUGGACUACACAUUUCAGACAUCAAAUACCAUGCCUCAUGAAACUGGACUACAAAUUUCAGUCAUCAAAUACCAUGCCUCAUGAAACUGGACUACACAUUUCAGACAUCAAAUACCAUGCCUCAUGAAACUGGACUCCAAAUUUCAGACAUCAAAUACCAUGCCUCAUGAAACUGGACUACACAUUUCAGACAUCAAAUACCAUGCCUCAUGAAACUGGACUACACAUUUCAGACAUCAAAUACCAUGCCUCAUGAAACUGGACUACACAUUCCAGACAGCAAAUACCAUGCCUCAUGAAACUGGACUACACAUUCCAGACAGCAAAUACUAUGCCUCAUGAAACUGGACUACAGAUUUCAGACAUCAAAUACCAUGCCUCAUGAAACUGGACUACACAUUCCAGACAGCAAAUACCAUGCCUCAUGAAACUGGACUACAGAUUUCAGACAUCAAAUACCAUGCCUCAUGAAACUGGACUACACAUUUCAGACAUCAAAUACCAUGCCUCAUGAAACUGGACUACAAAUUCCAGACAUCAAAUACCAUGCCUCAUGAAACUGCUCUACACGUUUCAGACAUCAAAUACCAUGCCUCAUGAAACUGGACUACAAAUUUCAGACAUCAAAUACCAUGCCUCAUGAAACUGGACUAAAAAUUUCAGACAUCAAAUACCAUGCCUCAUGAAACUUGACUACAAAUUUCAGACAUCAAAUACCAUGCCUCAUGAAACUGGACUAUACAUUCCAGACAGCAAAUACCAUGCCUCAUGAAACUGGACUACACAUUCCAGACAAGCAAAUACCAUGCCUCAUGAAACUGGACUACAAAUUUCAGACAUCAAAUACCAUGCCUCAUGAAACUGGACUAAAAAUUUCAGACAUCAAAUACCAUGCCUCAUGAAACUGGACUACACAUUCCAGACAGCAAAUACCAUGCCUCAUGAAACUGGACUACAAAUUUCAGACAGCAAAUACCAUGCCUCAUGAAACUGGACUACACAUUUCAGACAUCAAAUACCAUGCCUCAUGAAACUUUACUACAAAUUUCAGACAUCAAAUACCAUGCCUCAUGAAACUGGACUACAGAUUUCAGACAUCAAAUACCAUGCCUCAUGCACUUUAUCAGAAAUUGCAUGUUAAUUUCUUUUGUUCAUGUUAAAACAAUCUUGAAAAUAUUAUGAUGGGCUCCCAGCAAAUGUUAACUUGUUUCAGAUUUAAAUAUCUUUGUAACUUGCCCUUCACCAUUCUCUCCACUAAGUAGCCUCCAUAUAAACUAUUGCUGUAAGAAGUUCCUUAUCUCAUGAUUAUAAAUGUUGAUAAUUUUGACUAAUCAGCUGUAUCUUUUAAUGUCUUGCCUUUAGAAACGUGUGCCUAUUUACAAAACAAUGUUUUCUGAACUUCGGCACCAUCCUCGAUUUCAAGUGCAUCUUGAUUUAACUGAUCCUGUACCAAAGUUCAUUAGCAGAGAAUGGAGAGGUCAUGGUAACCAGCACAGAGAGGCAAUGAUUAGAUAUGCCACGUAAGGUUGAUUUGAAAUUUAUAACAGUUACAUGAAUCCAAUAAAGUAACAUGAAAACUAAAGUUUAUUCCAUAAAGUAAUUAUGAAGUAGGUUUUAUUUUAUUAACAAUUUAGGUGGUUCAUUAAAAAAAAUGCUUUUAAUUAUUCAUAAUGAGAAUACAUUUAAAAUACACAUAUUCAUUCUUUCUAUUAAGAUUUUUUUUAAAAAUCAUGCUUUUUGGGAAUCAUUCUUGUUAGGGUUUUUAUGUAAAAUUAUUUAAACUAGUUUCCAGCUGGUUUACAUUCAGUGCAUAAUUAAUUAUGUGAUUGAUAUAUCUAUAUUCAAAUUAAAUCAUUCAAGGAGGCAUCGAUAUCAAUGGUAACAAAAAAUAUAAAGUAACUAUAAACAUGUCCAAUUAACCCUCUUCAGGCGACAGGGCCGAUCAAUCAACCCAAGAGUUGAAUGGCAAAAAAGACAAUGGGUCAAUCCAUCAGCCUGAUAAUGCAAGCCUUAAUAUUGGCUGGCCAAUAAAAUUAAUUCUUGCAUUUCUCGCUCAUAUAGGCAUUUUGAUGGCGGCUUUCAUUGAUAGUCAUUUUUUUUUAUGGCGGCUUUCAUUGAUAGUCAUUUUAUAUCCAUUUUUUUUUUGUACCAAGUGAUGUCUAUGAAUUCUUAGAAAAUAUUGUCAGAAGACAACAGCACCCGCGGUGACAUACUUUAUGCAGUUUUCACAUUGAAUCUUAUACAAAUAUUUGUUGUGACUUGUUAAGGCUUCACCAAUCAGAAACCUCACCCAAAUUCUUGCAACAAAGACAUGUUUACUCUAAAUGUAAAAAAAUAAAAAAUAAUUCAUGCAUAAAUUAUUCAAAUCAUGAUGGAUCAUUUGAAUAACUGUUGAGAUAUUAGUUUGAUCCAUAAAGAUUGUUUCAGUUCAUUCAAUGCCCUGCAACAAUAUAUUUAGUUUUUGCAACAUAAGUUCAGGAUUUGUGAAAAGGGCUCCAGUUUCUUGGAGCUAAAGCUUCAAAAAGGUUCCAUUUCAAGAGGGUUAAUUUAGUUUAUUGCAUAACUAAGGCCAAUUAAUAUAUUCACCACUGACUGAGCAGUUAAAAUGAAGGUCAUAUGAAUUUCAAAACUCUAAAAUAAUUUUUUUUUCUCCUUAAUAAAACCAACAUUCAUAUGAGCAUUAAUUUAUUACUAUAUAGAAAAAUAAUCUUUAUUGAUUGGAUUAAAUAUUACAUCAUCAUUUUAUUCACCAAAAAUAUAAUAGUUUAAAUAACCCAGAACACUUGAUCUGAUCAGAUUUAACUGUGAUCCUUCCGUACAAGUACCAAGGCAAGACCUGACUGACUUUAAAAAUGCUGAUGUUAUUGGAAGAAACCGCUUCAUCUAUUUUAGAAGGUAGAAAAUUAAUUGUAGUUUCAAAUUUACAAAAUUUAAAUGUAAAAAUUUUAUAUUCCAAAUUGAUGCUAAAGUCAACUUGUUAAAUUCUAUUUUUAUGGAAGCUCAUAAAAAAGCAAGGAUAAUUCAGAUAAUGGAAAAAGUCAAGAAGUUUAAUUUGGAGAGAUAUUUUAACAUUUUGAAAAUCAUAAUCAUUUUUAGUUGCAUAUAUCAGGAAUAGUCAGAUCACCCUAUAUGUAAAUAUAUAUUUUAAAAAAUUCUUUUAUUAUCUUUAAAUUUCCUCAGGCCCAUGAUUCCAUUUCUUCAGCAAGUUCCUCCAGAGGUUCUUCUAGCUACUGCUAGGUGAAUAAAAAUAUGUGUUUAUUAUUUUAUUACAUUUAUACAGUAAUUGAAGAAGUUUAAUUUUAUGAGCUUUCACUUAAAGCAACAGAUAAAAAGAAUUGUGUUUGAUGCUAACAUCUAGGACAUCUUUUAUCAUCUGAGCUUAAAAUGUACCACAAAUGAUGUCCCACACUAAGUGUUAGGGAUAAUGUAAAUAUCUAAAUCCAUAAGAUCCUACACUUCUAUAAGCUAUAAAAAAGCAUGCUUAAGUAGCUUUAAAACAACAACCGCAUUAAAGUUUAUAGAUGACUUUUUAGGUCAGUGAAUCAAUAAUUAAAAAAAGGAUUGAUAAGAUAAAUCAUAUAAAAUUUCAUAUUUUCAUUAAAUAUUGAUGACUUAUAUCAACAAAUUAAAAAAAAUUUCUAUUAUGCUUAAUUGAUGAACAGAUUAAUCUUAAAAUUAAUAAGAAAUAUUUGCAGUGAAACAUUUAAAACUUCAUGGAUUUAAUAUAAUAAUAAAGUUUUUGUCUAAUAUUAAUUAUAGAAUCAUUUUUUUUUAAAAAUGAAAACCAAUUAAACAAACUUGACAUUUUUUAAAGAAAGAAAUUACUUUUAAGAUAUUUUUUACUCCUCACAUCACUCAAAUUAUAUACACACUGAUUUGCUUUGCUGAUUGGCUGAAGGUAAAUGCUGUCUGAUGGAUAUUUUCUUAAUAGUCUCAACAUAAAACACAUGAAUAUGAAUUUUUUCCAUAAAAAUUUGGAAACUUUAUUAAUAUUUUUAAGAAAUAAUAAUGCUUCAUAAAAUUCAUUCAGUUACAUUUUAUUAAGAAGAAAAAAAUUAUGGUUAUUUUCUAGACAAGAUCCUCUAUCUGGACCAGAGAAUAUUACAGCCAAACGUCCUCGUACCCCACCUACAAAAACUAUUGAAACACAGACAGACUAUCGAGAUCAAGAAAUUCAAACAGAUCCCUACACUCCUGAAUAUGUUGUGCGUCCAGGAGAGGCACCAGAACUUCUAACACUAGCUACAUUAUCGUUUGGUAUGUCAUAAAGUAUUGAUCAAGUUUUAAUUAUUUCUUAUAAAUAAAUAAGUUGAAUUUAAAUUAUGAUAAUUUUAAUUUCUAUGUUUCACUUAUUCAGUGCUAUUAAAAAGAUCUGUUAUAGAAACUGUAAAUAUGUUACAGAGACUUUCAUGUUUUAGAUACUGCCUGCAUGUUAUAGAAAUUCAAUUUUUUAAUAUAUGAAAAAGAAAUGUGAGGUUAAAUUAUUUCUUUAAUCUGUUUAUAUAUUUAGCCAUUAAGAAAGAUUUCUAUCAGUCAGUGUUGUUGUGAGGCAAUGUCUUAUUAAUAUACUAGAAAGAUUAGACAAUCAUCUAUCAUGUACUCCAAAUGAAGUAACACACUAAGUGAUAGGAAUGAUGUAAAUAUCUAAAUCGAUAAGAUCCUCUACUUCUAUAAACUAGAAGAAAAGCAUGGUCUAGUUUAUGUAAAGUGGGAUUUACCUGAAGGGUUUUGUAAUAUGCCAGAUUUUUUACAAGGAUGUUCUCUUGGAGACUUUUCAUAAUCUGCCUAAAAUAUUUAUGUGCUUCUUUGAUAUAGCAUUUCUUUGUGAGUGAGUUACACAGUUUAAAUUAGUCAUAUAUAAAUGAUUUUGUCGCAGGUGGUUGAAGGAAUUCCAAGUAAUUUAGCAUAUUUCUUAAAAAUGAACACAAGAAUGUUAAAAAGGAUAAAUAAAUGAUUUCCAGUUGUCAUUUCCAAUUAAUACGAUUUUAAAAUUAUCAAGUCCAGAUAAAUUAAUGCUGUAAACAUUUUCCUUGGCCAGGUCGAGGAUUACCAGCUGGCCUAGCAGAAGUCGAAAUGAUUGAACGUGCUAGGGCUAAAAGAGCUUGGGAAGCCAACCUUCCUCCUCUCAGUGAUGUAUCACAACUUGAGAAGAGAAGGAAAAUGAUGGAUGCUAUGGAGAGAAAAGAGUGGGCUCUCAGAGAAAAUGAAAUUGAAAAGUAG